UCGUCCUCCGGCUCCCUCCCCCGUCCUCUCUCCUGCUCCCACUCCCCACCACUUCCAGAACCAUUAAUAUCCCAAUAAAUCCAGAACAUCCACGCAACCAGAGGCAUCCGAGGAGAGAGUGGGGAGAGCUCCGUUUUGGUCGCUAGGGUUUCUGUGCUGGUGGUUCAUGUCUCCGAACGUCACCGUCGACGGCAAUGCGAGGGUUCAUCCGGCGCCGGAGAGGCCCCGGAGGACACCGGAGCUUGUCUCCCGCUCCUGCGAUGACUCCUCGCUCGACUCCGCCUCCUGGUCGUCCGGCGCGUCUUCUGACUCUUCACUCGGCCUCGGAGCCGCACGACGGGGAGCCGUGACGCCGAGGCUCGGGUGCCGUAGGAAUCAGAGUGGGAUGAAGUCCCGCAGGGUGGCGCCGGACGGAGUCGCCGCGGCCGUGCGAGGCUCGCCGCGUGCGAAGAGUAGGUGCGGGUGGGUCACGGCCAACACCGAUCCUCUUUAUGCUUCUUUUCACGAUGAAGAAUGGGGCGUGCCAGUUCAUGAUGACAAGAGGUUGUUUGAGCUUCUUUCUUUAUCUGGAGCAUUGGCUGAACUUAGCUGGCCAACUAUUCUUAGUAAGAGAGAAACGUUCAGGGAUCUCUUUGCCAGUUUUGAUCCAGCUCUUGUUUCUAAAUUUUCUGAACGCAAAAUCACCUCUCUUAAGAACAGCAACAACAUAAUGCUUUCUGAACUAAAGUUGCGGUCAAUUGUAGAGAACGCAAAGCAGAUCCUGAAGGUCGUAGAUGAGUGUGGAUCCUUCAACAAUUACUGCUGGGGUUUUGUCAAUCACAAGCCAACUAUCAACAGAUUCCGCUAUCAACGUCAAGUGCCAGUGAAGUCUCCCAAAGCUGAGGCCUUCAGCAAGGAUCUCAUCAGACGAGGUUUUCGUUCUGUCGGACCGACAACAGUUUACUCGUUCAUGCAGGCAGCAGGACUGGUGAAUGAUCAUCUAAUUAGCUGCUACAGGUUCGAAGAAUGUUCAUCAGUAACAGAUGCAGUGGAUCUGGGUUGCUAUGAAAGCAAACAGAAGAUUGCCGAGAAGAAGGUGCAGGACGUUAUGGGGUUGGCUGAGCAAAUGAACGGAUGCAUGUUGGGUGUUUAAUGAUGUUACAUGCUGCCUGUACUCUCUUGUAUCAUUUUUUUUCACUGGUUUGGAAGAAGUACACAUGUAUCGCAAGACCAUGGGGUCAUACUGUGCUACUUCCUGGAGGGCAGUCAAGCUUUGAAAGUUCUGUGUAACUUGUAAAGGGGUGCCUAAUAAUAUCGGUUCUGUUGUCAAAAAGCA